AUGUGCAACCUAAGGCCUCAGAUCUUGAGGCACAUUGUCCUUCUGUCACUGUAUCUACUCACCUGUAGUGCACGAACAUCGUAUUACAUUACUGCACCUCAGUAUGUUAUUCCUGGUGUGAAUACAACCCUUGCUGUUCACGUCUUUGGAGAGCAGUACUCUGAUAUAAAUGUCACUGCAGGAAUUGCGGCUGGUUUUAAUGUUCUUGUCCAAGCAUACAAGAUUAUCAGUAAUGUGGAAUUGCAGGAUAUUUUGGAUGACUACUUUUAUAAGAUUAAGCUUGCAGGUAUUCCAGCAAAUUCUUCUACUUCCGAUAAUUAUCUACUGCUUGUGAAUGGAUGUGUCAAGAGUACUUUAGUAUUUACCGAACAAAAACAAAUAGGGAUUCUAACAAAGAAGAUGUCCAUGUUUAUACAAACUGACAAAGACGUUUACAGUCCUGGAGAAACUGUCCAUAUUAGAGUGAUUUCUGUAAGUCGUGACUUGAAGCCAUACAAUGGAGAUGUGGACCUUGAGAUGAAGAGCAAUGUGUUCUCUACUUCAUUCUUUGUCAAAGAUUAUGGCUUACCAAAAUUUAUUGUAACACUGGAUGCUCCACAAUUUUAUGUUGUUUCAAAGAUGCUCAACCUGACUGGUACUGUUACAGCAAAGUAUUACUCUAGUAAACCACUAAAAGGAAAUGUAACAGUAACAGUGAAGCCUUCGUAUGGUCAAGAUGUAAGUGAAGUUAAGGAAACAUAUCAGAUCUCAGGAUCUUUAAGCUUCAGUUUUCCAUACACAGAAAUAGAAAAGGCUGUAUAUCUGCAAGGAAUAAAUUUAACAGCUUCAGUUACAGAUCAAGUCUCAGGCAUUGUAGUAGAAACAUCAUCCUUUAUAUGGGUAACAAAUUUUGAGUAUGAAAUUAACUUCAUUGACCAAAAUCCAGCAUUCAUGCCAGGCGGAAAUUUCACAGCUAAGGUUCAAAUACAACGGAUUGACAAAAAUUUGUUAACUGAACAAGAAAGGCAGAAAUUGGUAACAGUUAACAUAACAUCUGAUACAGAGACAGUUCAAAAGCUAUAUGUAAUCCCAGAAAAUGGAAUUAUCACCGUGCAGUUUCCAGUUUACUUAUCAGUACGUGGAAUAAAUGUCAUAUAUAUUACGGCUCAGUACCAGAAUACAAAUUCAAGUUACACCACCACUGAUGUAUUUUCAUACAAUCCUCUUGUUCGACUUCAAACACCAGAUUCAACAUUAAAGGUUGGAAUACCAUUUGAAGUACAAGUUGAUGUCCAGGUGAAAGUACAGCAUAUUUAUUACACAGUUGUAUCCAAAGGAUUGGUAGUGGUGGCUGGUAAAAACAGGACAACCUUUAGCCUCACACCAGAAAACUCUUGGGCUCCCACUGCUGAACUGUUGGUGUAUUUGAUUAGUUUUGGAAAGGACAAUAAUAAAAUCAUGCAGAUUUCGAAAACACUCAAUAUCAAGGGGACAUUAAAUCAAAAGAUGGGUUUAUCUUGGAGUAAAGGCACAGCUAAACCAUUGGAACAGGUAUCAUUGAUUGCCAAUGUGGAAGAUUCUCUCUCUUUGGUGGGACUGUGCAUUGCUGACAAAAGUUCCACAAUUAUCAAAAGACAAAAUGACUUAACAAGUAGAGUUUAUCAGGAGCUAAAUUCAUAUAAUAUGGGUGCUCCAUUUGGUUUGACUAAUGCUGAUGUGUAUAGACCAAGACCAUCCUUUUCAGCUCCUCGUGUUGCAAGGAGGACUGAGAUGACUCCAAGACAAGAUGAAUCUGUAUUUCCAAUCAUUUGGAUUUGGCUGGAGACCAAUAUAAGCUCAAGCUUACAAUCUAUCUUUCCACUAACUGUACCUGACGUGAAUACUACUUGGGUGGCCACUGCUUUUGUUAUUUCUGAAAAUCUUGGACUGGGAGUAGCAGAGGAACCUGCUGAGAUAUCAGUAUUAAAACCUUUUGUGGUUUCCUUGAAUAUGCCCUAUUCUGUCAUAAGAGGGGAACAGUUUAUUCUGGAGGUUACCUUGAAAAAUGAUUUAAUUGAAGACUUACAGGUUCUGGUCACUUUGGAAAAUGACAUCACCUUCAAUAUAAUUGCACCUUAUAAUAAUAAUUCUUCACCUACGGUAGCAGGCCAACACAAAGUAAUAGUUCCCAGAGAAGAGGUAACAACUGUUCUGUUUCCAAUAGAGCCAAAGGAACUUGGUAACAUCACCUUCACAGUUAAAGCAGAAUCAAAAACAGCCACGGAUGUUUUAACCCAGAGUAUUUUAGUUAAGGCUGAAGGAAUGAAGUUCUUUUAUACACAGACAGAACUGUUUGACCUCUCAGCUUCUGAAAAUAUAACUCAAACAGUAUCAAAGUCCUUCUCAUUCAGUUUACCGGGUGAUGUGGUACAAGGCAGUGAGGAAGCAUUUGUUACAGUGGUUGGGGAUCCUCUUGUGCCUGCAAUUAAUGGUCUUGAGUCACUUAUCCAACUGCCAUAUGGAUGUGGAGAGCAAAACAUGAUCCACUUUGCACCAAAUAUAUAUAUUCUACAAUAUUUAAUUGCAUCUAAAAAGAUAACUGAAGAUAUCAGAGCAAGAUCUGUAGACUUCAUGCACACAGGUUACCAAAAGGAAUUAACAUAUAAGCGAUCUGAUGGUUCCUUCAGUGCUUUUGGAAAUGCUGACUCCUCUGGAAGCACAUGGCUUUCUGCUUUUGUGUUUAGAUGCUUCCUUCAGGCUAAGAAAUUUAUGUACAUAAGUCCCUCAGUCUUAGAUGACAUAGCACUGUGGUUUGUUCAGUACCAGAAUAUGACCACUGGUGUAUUUAUUGAGCCUGGGGAGGUGAUAGACAAGAAACUUCAAGGAGGAGUGGACAGUCCAGUCACACUAACUGCCUACAUACUGAUCUCACUUUUGGAGGAUAAUAAAUACAGGCAACUCUACGACAUGAACAUUCAGAAAGCUGUUCAAUAUAUUGAAAAUAAAUUUGAUGAAGGAAUUCCCACUACCUAUACCUUGUCAGUUGUUGCCUAUGCCUUAACACUGGCUAACAGCACCAAAGCAGAGGCUGCCCUGACCAAGCUCAAUUCAAUGGCGAUCACUUCAGGAGAGUUGAAGUUCUGGUCUUCUUCGCCAUCUGCAACAACCAAUUACUACUGGAAGCCAAGAACAACAGAUAUUGAAUCUACAGCUUAUGCCUUGCUUUCCUUUAUUGAACAGAGGAGGUUUUCAGAUGCUCUUCCUGUGCUAAAAUGGCUGACCCAACAAAUGAGCUCUCUUGGGGGCUUUGAGUCAACUCAGGAUACAAUUGUGGCCCUGCAGGCUCUGUGCAAGGCUUUGGAGCUAUUUUCCCCUAAGGAUACAUCGCUUACUGUGUCUAUUUCUGGUUCAACUGUGAAAAUUCCAAAACGAUUUUAUAUCACCAAUGACAAUUUACUUUUACUACACAGACAGCAGAUUAAAGCCUCCAGGUCUUUGUCAGUCAAUGCCACUGCUGUUGGAAGAGGAGUAGCUAUUGUACAGUUUAAUGUACUGUAUAACAGGAAGACAUUAUCAAGGCGCAGAAGAAACACCCCAGUGACAGAAGCGUUCACAUUAGAUGUAAAUGUGGAAGAAAAUACAAACAGCAUUAAUGUACUCUCUGUGGACAUAUGUACAAGCUACAAGGGAAUGGGAAACGAGAGUGGUAUGGCACUUCUAGAUGUUGGGUUCCUGAGUGGAUUCACAUUGAAGACUGAAGAUUUUACCAGACCAACAUCUCUGAAACUGGUGGAACCAAAAAAAGACAGAGUUUAUCUGUAUUUUGAUUCAUUGACCAAUGAUAAGCUUUGUUUAUCAAUCCCAAUGGUUCGUUUUGCCAUGGUAGCUGGUUCUGAAGAUGCUGUUAUCAAAGUCUAUGACUAUUACAGCCCAGAAAUGACAGCAACAAGAACAUACAAUUCCCUAACCAUGAGUCAAAUCUCAUCAUGUGACUACUGUGGAUCAAACUGCAAUCUGUGCAGAUCGAAUGUUCCAGUGAUUAUGAAACCUCUGACAAGUAAUGCUUACAGACCUGCAAUGUCCAUUCUUUGGCUCUAUGUGAUUCUUCUGUGCCAAGUUCUGUAAAUAUCACCAAUGAAACACUGACACUUCAUUAUUGACCAGAAACGUCAUUAGCUGGGU